AACAAUGAGUGUCUGACUUGUGAGUACGAAGAGAGCUAUAUCUCCAAGAUGGUCACAAACAUCGCAUCGAUCAUAAUACAGGUCCUAACACUGCUCUUAGUGUUAGCCCUUACUGCAAAUGGUACUUUGUUCAAAAAAGGUAAAUUUGGAGGAGGCUAUGGAGGAGGUUAUGGUGGAGGAACUGCCUGCUGUGCCCCGACAUAUCCAGUUCAACCAAUUGCGGUUCAACCUGUUGCAGUUCAACCAAUCGUCGUACAGCGCCCUGCCCCAGUGUAUGUGCAACAACCCGCUCCUAGGCCUGUCUAUCAUCCUGCGCCAAGGCCUGUCUACCAUCCUGCGCCAAGGCCAGUUUAUUACCCUGCACCUGCGCCUGCCCCCGUGUGCUGUGCGCCUGCGCCUAAACCUCAACCGCCACCUCAGCCUUGCUGUGGAGGGGGAAAUUAUGGAGGGGGUGGUGGUGGUGGUGGUGGAGGAGGCGGUGGUGGUGGGGGGUCCGGAGGAGGAUUUGGAUUCGGCUUUGGAGGAGGGGGAGGAUACGGGAAGAAGUAG